CCAUGCGAAUGAACCGAUGUAAUCAGAUCCUUAAGAAAGCAAUAAGCCUCAAACCGUCUCUGGAGAAAUUCAUCGGAGACGCCACCAGGCUGACUGACAAGCUGCUGGAGCUCUGCAACAAGCCGGUGGAUGGUAACAGCACCACCCUCAGCAUGAGCGUUCACUUCAAGCAACUCAAACGUUUGGUGGAGGAGCCGACCUUCAGCCAGAUCCUCAUCCCGCUGCAGUCAGUCCUCAUCCCCACGCUGCCCUCCACAGGCGGGACGAACACACAGCACGACGCCUUCCCCGGACACUGGGCUUACCUGGACGGCUUUGAAGACUCU